AUGACUCCUGUACUGAACAACUCCCGAGACGGAGUUGUCUGCAUUCCUUUCUGGUGUUCUCUCCUACAGGUGAUCGUAGACACCCCCACCAGCCCAGUCACUAGUGGCCUACCUCUGUUCUUUGUCAUCACUGUCACAGCCAUCAAACAGGGCUAUGAGGACUGGCUGCGGCACAAGGCAGAUAAUGAGGUGAAUAAGUACCUGGUGACAGUGCUGGAGGACGGCCGGAGAGCAUGCAAGGAGAGCGAGAAGAUCAAGGUUGGGGAUGUGGUGGAGGUGGUUGAGGAUGAGACCUUUCCCUGUGACCUCAUCCUGCUACAGUCCAGCCGGGAGGACGAGACCUGCUUUGUCACCACGGCCAGUCUGGACGGGGAGUCCAACCAUAAGACACACUACACAGUGCCAGACACGGAGAGGAACCUGGAGUCUCUCAGCGCCACCAUCGAGUGCGAGCAGCCGCAGCCUGACCUCUACAAAUUUGUGGGGCGUAUGCACAUCUACAGGAACAACCAGGAACCUGCUGUGAGGUCUUUGGGUCCAGAGAAUCUCCUCCUGAAAGGUGCUACCUUGAAGAACACUCAGAAGAUAUAUGGUGAGUUACAGGACAUUGUUUAAUGCAAUUAAGGGUUU